AUGAAGAUUAUCUACGGUGUCCUCUUCGUGCUGUGCAUUGCCAUCACCUAUUCACAGAUGACACCAAUAAGAAUGCAUAUUUCACAAAACCAAAUAAAAGAUCUUGGCAGUACAGCAAAAAUGGAAUGUACAGUUUCAAACCCCUUGGAUUAUAAUGUUUUAUGGACGAAGUUUGACUUAGAGAAAUCUAGUGAUACUAUCCUUUUUUCUUUUGGAAAUACCCUUAAUAUCAAUGAUUCUAGAUUUUCAAUAAUAAAAGACUCAUAUAUGGAUUUAAUACGUUAUACAUUACAGAUUAAUGAUAUUCAACAAGGUGACUCUGGUGUCUACUACUGCCAAAUAAUGAUUGGAUUACAUAGCAUAAUAUCUGCUAAAGUUGAAUUGAUAGUACGUGUACCACCAAUGAUACAUGACAAUUCCACCUCAUCAAUGGUUGUAAUGGAAGGUCAACAAGUUACCCUUGAAUGUUACGCUACUGGAAAUCCAAGUCCAAAAGUUUUCUGGAAGAGAGAAAAUAAUGGAAUUAUAAGUGCCAACAGAUCAAUUUAUAACGGUAACAUUUGGAAAAUUCCAGCUAUCACAAAAUAUGACCGUGGGUCUUAUACUUGUAUAGCGGAAAAUGGCUUUGGCAAAGCUUCCAAACAUAGAAUUGCCAUACAUGUAGAAUUCGCUCCAAUAAUCACUGUUCCUAAACGUGAUGUAGGACAAUCUCUAUUCAAUAAUAUAGAUAUUUCUUGUGACGUUGAAUCAUAUCCGUCACCUGCAAUUAUUUGGACAACUAAUGAAGUACAACUCUACGAUAAUCAAGUACAAAUCUACAACAAUAAACAUUUCAAAAUAUUGGCAUUGGCGUCUACAGAUGAAUUCACAAAGGCAACAUUACGUGUAUUAAAAAUCCUAAAUCAAUUCUAUGGAUAUUACACCUGCAAAGCAACGAACAAAUUGGGAAGUGCCGAAGCUAGAAUUAACCUUUUCGAAACAUUACGACCUGUAUGCCCACCGGCUUGUAAAAAACCUUGA